GAUUCCCAAGGUAUCACCCCUGCCGUAAACGUGACAUGAUUCAGCCUCGAAUGAAACUGAUAUAAUGAUGAGGGCUGUCUCGAUUAUAUCGUGAGAUCCAUCAUUUCGACGGCAACAUUAGCCUUUCAUACUUAUACCUUUGCACCAUGGCCAGUUUAUCUAAGCCGAUUCCAAUUGUCGUCUGCGGCAAGGCGGAAGUAGUUGGGAAAAUGGUCGUUGAGGGUCUGAAGCCCGAGUAUGAAGUAAUCCUCUUCUGCCUCGGCAGUAAGCCAACAGCCGCCGAGCUGCCUUUCAUCCUCCGCGGCACCGCGCCCUCAACCCAAAGCAGCACCAUCGGAACCGGCUCGUACUCCGCAAUCCCCUACGCGGUGGUCAUGGGCGCGGCCUGGAGCGCUGACGACGUAGCCGACGUCAAGGCCGCCAUCGACGGGAACAUGCCGCCGGACUCCGCCGUCCCUGCCCCCGUGCUGUUGCGUAACGACACCAGCAUACCCACGCCGAAGCCGCCGUCCCCCGAGUACGCCGCCCAGCUCGUCCAACGCAUCCGUGCUUGUCUCGGGAAGCUGGAAGGCGGAGAGAAGCUUGACGGGCUAGAUAAUGGAAUUGUGUGGUACUGAAUGGACUGACUAAAAUUC